UACCAGCCAGCACAAGAGCAUGGAAAGCUAAGAGAGGAGGCAACAUCUUGAGUGGGGCAGGGUCAAGGUCAACAAAAACUGAAAGAAGAGCGGUCAAUGACCCGGGUUUCAAUUCUGGUUCCGUUUAAAUAGUAUGGCUCAUGAGAUUGACUGGUUACACAGUCAAUCUGGCCUUUGCAAAGUAAACCUAUACAGCUCUGAAGGAGAAAGGGAUCAAGAUCGUAAAGUUAUCUGUUUUGUUGAUGUUGCUAACCUUAACAUAAAGGAUAGAGACAGACGUAAAAGAAGUGCCGCUGACCCUUGCCUUGACCUAACUAACCUUGAAGAAAAAGAAGUCAUUGUAAUUAAGGACAACGAACACAAUCAGCACAGCAAUACCGAAGGAGCAGUCUGCCUUUUCAAACAAGGCUCCUCUGAAGAAGUUAACGUUGUGAGCUGGCUCAGCAACGAUCUUCAGAAAUACGCAAUUGGAUUCAAGCAUGCACUAAGGCCCUCAGGCCCUCGUAAAUCAGCUUACGAAUCGCCUGCAAUUGAAAAGAUGUCCCAGGGAAGCGACACGUCUUUCAGAGGCUCUUGUAGCCAGAGAGGAGAUGACCUUUCAUAUUACGUUAACAAACUUUGUUCCUUAGUGGUUCAAAUGGCGCACAAAGAAAUGAAGGAUAAACUUGAAAGCAGUGGAAGAUGCAUUCGUCAGUCCAUCAGAGGAUCUAAUGGCAAGAAUGGGGAAGACUAUGGCAAGCUGUCUCCCAAACCAUCAGCUCAGGAAGACCCCAGAAAGACCUCACUCUUUUACGGUGAGAUGUCUAAUCAGAGCAAGCAAAAUGGCUACAAUCAGGGAGCAGACAGACAAAUGUUGGAAAGGAAACAAUCAGCCCAAGAUGAUGGUUCUUGUAGCAAGGGACUGAUGGUGUAUGCAAACCAGGUUGCUUCCGAUAUGAUGUUCUCGUUCAUGAAAACAAUGAAAGUCCAAAAGGGAAAGCAUCCUCCACCAGCCUGUGUGGUAUUAAAGAAAGUUCUCCUCAAACAUACCAGAGAUGUCAUAUCGGACUUAAUCGAUUCCACCAUGAAAAACUUGCACAAUGUGACAGGAGUGCUCAUGACAGAUUCGGAUUUCAUUAAUACUGUGAAAAAGAACCUUUUCAACGCUGGGACCCAGAAAUCAACGGAGAUUCUGGAAGCAAUGGUGAAACGCUUAUUUAAAGCACUUUCAGGGGAUGAUAAGAAAUCUCAAAGCUUAGCUUUUGCAGCACUGAAAGCUGGUGCUCAUUGUGACUCCAGAGGUCAAGGACUGCAGUUCGCAUCACUUAAGGGUGAGAUGCAUGGCCCUAUGGGUGGCAGAGGAAAUGGACAGAUGAGACCUCUUCCAUCCGGAAGCAAGGGUUCAGAUAAGCACUGUUCAAUGGAUGUGUAUGCUAAAGACCUUAUUGUAACAGCAUUAAUGUUAAUACAGCAACAUCUAUUAGAAAAAAACAAAGACCAGGGAUGCCGGGAGUCAAAUACUACAUCGUUUGGCUAUGUCCAUGACAGAACUGGUGGCUCCAAAUACGGUUCAAGGCCAAGUGGAGGAAGGCAGGAUAGCCUUGAAUCACAAAAAUGUGAUAUCUCAAGUAUCCUUUUGUCAAUCAUCCAGAAAGUACUGAGAGAAGCUGGCUGUUCAGACGAGAGUUUUGACAAAGGCUACAAACAACCUUCUUUCGCUGAGAGCAGACCACAAAGGGCAUUGUCAAAACCAAAUGGAUGCCCUGAGAUGUAUGACAACAUGGAACAGAUCAACAGACAAUUUAUUGACCAGCUGGUGGAAUCUGUGAUGAAGUUGUGCAUGCUGAUGGCUAAAGGCAAUGACUCUGAUGGAAGAUGCAACGGGAGACCAUUAGUAGGUACAGGAUCCGAGGUGAUUGUGAACAAUCAGAACUGCAACAACAGUACACAAAACAGAGAACUGCAAGCUGUGCUCCAGUGGUUGGUUGCUUCACAAUUCAACGUGCCAAACCUGACUUUCAUGAACGAGCACAAUGGAGAACUAAACAGACUUCCACAGCUGGCUGAUAAAGCAGUCAAGAAAGGCUACAGUGUGGGAGAUAUUGUUCAGGAAGUAAUGAAGUAUUACGAGAAACAACAGAUGGAUGCCAUGUCAGGAUGCAGGCCUCAAUGUGGACUGGUCGACUGGCUGCUUUGUAACCUGUAAGAACCAACUCUUCCCUCUCAUGUUACUCUCAUGUCCCCAGCGUAGGCGCCUAAACCAUUCUUUUCUGGCGCAUCAGACACCACCAUUGCAACCCAACUGCAAGCAAUAACGCACUGAAUUGAAGCAGGGUAGCUGGGCAAGCUCAUCAAUAAAAAAAAGAAUAAAAAAAAGUGAGGGGG